AUGGUCGGAGCUGCGCGCGACGUGGUGGUGCUGGGCGGCGGCAUCUCGGGCCUGACGCUGGCCUACUUCCUGCGCCAGGCGCUGCCCAAGGCGGCGGCCGACGCCACGCGCAUCCGCGUGCUGGACGCCAGCUCCGUCUCGGGCGGAUGGGUGCGCACGGCGAGGCGCGAGGGCUUUCUGUUCGAGGAGGGCCCGCGCGGCUUCCGGCCCUCGCGCAACGGCGCCGAGAUGCUGCGCCUCGUGGAGCAGCUGCAGCUGCAGAGCCAGAUGCAGGCCGUGGGCCCGGCGGCCCAGGCGCGCUACAUUCUGCGCGACGGGAAGGUGGAGAAGGUGCCCGGGUCGCUGCUGGAGCUUGCGCGCUGGCCGCUGACGCUUGCGGUGGCGCGCGCAGCGCUGCGCGAGCUGUUCGUCAAGCGCGGGACGAUGGAGGACGAGUCCAUCUACAAGUGGACGGCCAGGAGGUUCAGCCCCGUGGUGGCCGAGAGGCUGCUGGACCCCAUGGCGUCAGGUAUCUUCGGCGGAGACAUCAGGAAGCUGUCGAUGCGCGCGUGCUUCCCCAUGCUGGUGGAUCUGGAGAGAAAGCACGGGUCGGUGGUCAAGGGCAUGCUCUUCGGAGGAUCCAGUGGCCAGGACACGCUGCUGGACGGCACGAAGAAGUCGGACUUUGUCAAGAAGCACGAAAAGUCCGUCAGCGUGAGCUUCGCGGACGGAAUGAGCACGCUGAUGGACGCUCUGGCGGACAACAUCAAGGCCGACCCGAUGGCCGAUCUGCUGCUGAACACGAAAGUGACGCGGCUCGCGGUGCAUGGACACAACAACGGGUCGACUAAGGGACCGAGUUUCGUCGUGGAAAGCAAGGACCCAGUGUCCGGGGAGAUCCGGGAGCCGAUUAAGGCCUCGCACGUGUUCUCGACUAUCCCCGCGUGCUACCUGGCUCCGGCGGUGAAGGAUUCGGCGCCUGGAUUGGCUGAAGCGCUGAGCGAGAUCAAGUUCGUCGGCAUGGGCAUGGUGCACGUUGGAUACAACGAGAAGGUGCUGUCUACCGAGGGGUUCGGAUACCUGAUCCCCACUGCAGAGCGUGAGAAGGUGCUCGGCGUCGUGUUUGACUCCAACACGUUCCCCGUGCAGAACGCGGAGGGCAUGAUGCAGACGCGCCUGAGCGUCAUGAGCGGCGGUGCGCACUUCCAGGAGGUGGUCUCGCUGCCCGAAGGAGAGCUGGAGCGCAAUGCCCUGGACGCCUUGAAGCGACACCUUGGCAUCACGCGCAAGCCCGACUACGUGCGCGCCAUGGCUCUGACCAACGGAAUCCCCCAGUACCACGUGGGCUUCGGCCAGACACUGCAACGCAUCGAGAAGCAGGCUGCACGCAGCGCUCCGGGCCUGUUCCUGGGCGGCAACAGCUUUUACGGCAUUGGCCUGGCUGACUGCGUGACUCACUCAAAGCAGCUCGCGCUCAAGUACGCCAAGAUGUUCGGUGAGGUAUCUCCGCAGCAGGCGAAAAAUGAACUUGUUGAUGCCGUCCUCGCUGUUGCUUGUGCUGGGUAUUUACGCAGUCUUCUGCGAAACGGUUUUGCCGCGAUUCUUGAAGUACAAGCGACCCGUCGAUCUUACAGACGCGCUGCAGCAGGAUGUCGCGGACAGUGCCAUCUCGAGCGCUCGAUCCUGUCUAUGGUAGGCCUCCUGGAUGCUUCGAGUACGCGUCGAGAAGCAUCUAACUGUGUGUUGUUCCUCUGCCCAUCGUGGUCCGUAGAUACUGUGUACACGGUCUCAAACUCCGGCGGCUCGUUUCGCAAGGGAGUCUUCCGAUCCUCCUCGAAACCAGCGAGUACCAGCAGCACCCUCAACAACCAGAACCCAGCCGAGGGCAGCCACCUCGUCAGCGGCAGCCAACGCGUCAAGUUCCACCGUAGGCCAGUACUGCCACAUUUGCAAGCCGAGCCACCAGAAGUGUUGCUUGCUCCGGCAUUCGCGCCCCCGGCCCCACCUGUCAAACGCCAAGGACCUGCGAAGUCAUCGGCAUCGCCCUACAUUGCUGCGGAUGCGGUCGACGGAAACACGCGAUCAGUGGGGAUCCAAACCGCUUAUCGCGACUCGGAGGCACAAACCGACCCGUACACCCCGGACUACACUGUCCAGAAGACUGCAAAUGGUUCGACUCCCGAAAUCGCAACGCUCGGCGGAUUGAGUCACGCGCGUGGACAGCUACCAAUCGGGCAAGCUGAGCUUGAGCUCAUCGAGCGCAACCGCAAGAAGCGCGCGUUCGAGGCAUCGCUGCCACCCAUGACCGACGAGGCCAGCUUUUUGCUACGUAAAGCCAUGCUGGAAGCCCAAGAAACUCGUGAGUGGGCGUACCGUGAAGCUGAGAUUGAUGCUUUUCACGACCAGCGCGUGGCUUUACUCGAGCAAGCGCUGGCGGAGCGUGAAAAGGAGAACGCGUUCCUUUCGGAGCAACGACUUGAAGCGCUACGCCAACGGCUUCUCCACGAAAAGGAAAACGCGCUUGAGAGCAUCCAGCAAGAGCGCAUGGCAGCUCUGCGAAAACUGACGAAAAAGCGAGCCCAGCGGCAGCAAGAGCGUGGAUUCGGGGCGUCUCGACCUGAACGGGGGCGUGACAUCAUCGCUGAGUACGCCAACUUUGGCUCACAAGUGUAUGCUCCAGUCACGCGCGACGGCAAGGCAGGUAAGAUUGAGGUUCGUGAGCUAGGCAUUGGCAAGCCUCAGUUCCUGCAGCUUGAUGCGCUGCGUGAGCUUGAGAGCGCUCUACCAGAGCGGAUGUUGCUACCUGCAGCAGGCAAGUACAAACCCCGCGAGAAGAGUGGUCGCACCGCCAAAGAACGGAAGCAGGCAGCCAUUGAGGCUCACCUCCUCAAGAUGGAGUCGAUCAUCAAGAAGAGCAAGGAACAAGCUGAAGGUGGCGACAGUACGCCUGAAACCCCUGGUCAACUGCGACAGAGAGCCCCCAGCCCGCUUUCACGGCGUGCUAGUCAGAGACAGCAGACGCUUGUUCGUCCCCCCACUCCCGACUACGCCAUGGGUCACGCUGCAGACUCACAGGAACAUGAAGUGGAAGGCGCAGUGCGUUUGCUGCAGAAACUGCUGCGCGGUCGUGCUGUCCAGAAUAUGAUGUUCGAAGGCAAGGAGAGACGCGCAGAGCUCAUUGCUGAGCUACGUGCAGCUGACGAGCAGCUCGCACGGCAGCGUCGCCACGAGUUUGAGUUGCUACAGGGAUCCGGCACCGAGGCGAUUGACCGAGUGACGAGCGCUGCGAAGACCCGCGUGGAGGGCGAAGUGGUGUCUGAAAUGCUCGACUUCCUGUCCAAAGAGCUCUCGAGAUCGCGUGAGGUGGCCAAAAUGCGUGCUUUCGUGAUCAAGGCAGCAGAGCAGCGACGAGUGCGUGAGGUGGAGGAAGGGGGGCGGCGGCAGGCUGAGGAUCUGUUGCGUGAGCGCGAAGACGAGGUCUUCCGGCGCGUCAUGCAGGUGCACCAGGAGACAUCUCGCGAUUUUGUAGACGACGUGCUGGAGGAAGUGGCGCUCGAGCAAUCUCACGCCCAAGCAUUGCUGGAGCUGCGCGUUCGCAGUGCUGGUGUCGAUGGCAUCGUGCUGCAACUCGAGGAUGAAUUGGACACUUCUUGCUGCCCCACGUCCAGCGGCAGCAAGUGCGUCGCCAAGUAG